CCUGCUCCCACAGUCGUGCUCGCCUUUGUCGCAUAGAGCCACGCGAGAGGCCACAAUAACCACCUUCGUAGAGCUGCUUUACCCGCUGGCACCUCGCCUAACUGUGCACUCUUCUGGCAUGACUCGCACAAGGUACACACUGUCUCAGCGCAGAUGGUGAGGCAUGGGCGCUUGAUGCAGCCAGCACCUGCAGCCCGAUUGCAUGCACUGCCUCACCAGGCUGCCUUCUCUGUCUUGUCGCAUCUAUGCCAUCCUACUUUCACCGUCGUUUGCGUCUCUGCUUCCGCAGGCCAGACCUCAAGCUGCAACCGCCAUGCGGCUUCUCCACUUUGACGAGCUGGAAAGACCGAUCUUGACAGACUUCCGCAGCAAGUCGAUCCCGCCCUACGCUAUCCUGUCGCACCGAUGGAGCGACUCCGAGGUCCUCAUCGAAGACGUGUCGAACGGAAUCUACAAGAAAAAAGAAGAUGGCUACCGGAAACUCAGAUUCUGCGCCGGGCAGGCGGCUAAGGACGGGCUGCAGUACUCCUGGAUCGACACGUGCUGCAUCGACAGAUGGGACAACAACGAGCGCUCGAGGGCGAUCAACUCGAUGUUCCAGUGGUACCGAAACGCGGCCCGAUGCUACGUCUUUUUGUCAGACGUGUCGCUGACAGCUGUGACGGAGACGGCCACAGCCCCGUGCAGCGACUGGGAGGCCGCGUUCUGUGCAAGCGCAUGGUUCAAUCGAGGAUGGACGCUGCAAGAGCUGAUCGCGCCAGUAUCGGUCGAGUUUUUCUCACGUGAAGGACAGCGCAUAGGCGACAAAGCGUCACUCGAACAACUCAUACACAGUACCACCGGCAUCCGGCUUGAGGCGCUACGCGGCAGUCCUUUAGACCAGUUCAGCACAUCCGAACGAAUGCGAUGGGCUGAGAAUCGCACAACGACGGAAGAAGAAGACAUCGUGUACUGCCUGCUUGGACUUCUUGGCAUCUCUAUGCCAAUCACAUAUGGCGAAGGACAGGAGAGUGCGCGAAGGAGACUGCAGGCUGAAAUAUCUGCAAACGGCAGCGCACCAUCAAUCAUUCCAUUCUCUCGAAACGAGUCUUUUGUGGGUCGCGAAUUGCAGCUCGCCGAACUUGAAGCAAAGCUCUUCAGCAACGAGCAGACCACUACUAGGCUAGCGAUAGUCGGGCCAGGCGGAACAGGCAAGUCGCAGCUUGCACUUGAGGUAGCACACAGAGCAAGGCUAAACAACAAGGACUGCUCGGUAUUCUGGAUGGACGCGACCGACACAGACAGCCUCUACCAGUCAUAUGCAAGCGUUGCGCAGAAGAGCAAUAUUCCUGGUUGUGAGGAUGAGCAGGCAGAUAUAAAGCAGGUCGUAAAACGCUGUGUGGCAGCAAUAAGUGCGCGACAGUGUUUGCUGAUCCUCGACAACGCCGAGGGCACAACUGUACGGCCCAGUGGCUUGUCGUCUUCAAGCGAAGCUGCACCCCUGGCCGACUUUCUGCCGCACUCCAAGCUGUGUUCUGUCAUCUUCACAACAACAGAGAGCAACACAGCUGAGGCGCUUGCUCCGCGGAACGUCACAGCGCUGCAUGAGCUGACGCCAGACACGGCGCUGAGGAUGCUGCAAAACCGCUUGACAACGCCGCUUUCGGACGCUGAGCAGCAGGAAGCCAUGCACUUAUUGGAAGAGCUAUCGUAUUUGCCUCUAGCAGUCGUGCAAGCAGCAGCGUGCAUGAACACUAGUGGUAUGACAGUGCAGCAGUACCAAGCUGAGCUAGCUGAGCACAAAGCAGCAGUUCCCGAGUACAGCGAUGACUCGUGUGAAGCCGAGGUGCGAGAAUCUGGUCUGAGAAAGACUGUAGCUGCGACACUGUCUCUCUCAAUCAGCCAGAUCCGCCAGAGCAACGCAAUCGCUGCAGACUAUCUCUUUCUUGCUGCAUGCGUCGAUCGAAAUGACAUCUCGCUCGAUCUUCUAGAGGCAGCUUCGCGGCAGGCCCGUGAAGAUGCCAUCAAGGUACUCGAUAGGUAUGCGCUCAUCACCAGGCGACCUGCUGUGUCAGCACUCGAUGUUCAUCGACUCGUCCACUAUGCACUACGAAAGAGUAUGGAGGCGGAGGGGAGACUCCAAGAGUGGAUUCAACGCACAGUCUCACAGCUACUCCGGGUGUUCCCGAACGACGAUCACAGUAACAGAAGUAAAUGGAGGCGACUGCUUCCGCAUGCACGGUAUGUUCUGUCGCAUACCCAGAGGGACGACGACAAGGAGAGAUUGGAUCUUGCACGGAAGUGUGCCAUGGCUCUUUACAGUGAUGGUCAAUACAACCGAGCCGAAAAGCUGCAGGUGGAAGUGAUGCAGACAAGUAAGAGAGUGCUUGGCGACGAGCAUCCUGACACGCUGACCAGCAUUGCUAACCUAGCGUCGACAUACAUGAAACAAGGGCGAUGGAGCAAGGCCGAAAAGCUGGAGGUGGAAGUGAUGAAGACGAGCAAGAGGGUGCUUGGCGACGAGCAUCCUCACACGCUGACUAGCACUGCCAACCUAGCGUCGACGUACAGGAACCAAGGGCGAUGGGGCGAGGCCGAAAAGCUGGAGGUGGAAGCGAUGAAGACGAAGAAGAGAGUGCUUGGCGACGAGCAUCCUUCUACGCUGAUCAGCAUUGCCAACCUAGCGUCGACGUACUGGAAUCAAGGGCGAUGGGGCGAGGCCGAAAAGCUGAAUGUGGAAGUGAUGCAGACGAGGAAGAGAGUGCUUGGCGACGAGCAUCCUGACACGCUGACCAGCAUUGCCAACCUGGCGUCGACGUACAGGAACCAAGGGCGAUGGGUCGAGGCCGAAAAGCUGCAGGUGCAAGAUAUGGAGACGACGAAGAGAGUGCUUGGCGAUGAGCAUCCUGACACGCUUCUCAGCAUUGCCAACCUGGCGUCCACGUACAGGAACCAAGGGCGAUGGGGCAAGGCCGAAAAGCUGGAGGUGGAAGUGAUGAAGACGAGCAAGAGGGUGCUUGGCGACGAGCAUCCUCACACGCUGACUAGCACUGCCAACCUGGCGUCGACGUACAGGGACCAAGGGCGAUGGGUCGAGGCCGAAAAGCUGGAGGUGGAAGUGAUGCAGACGAGGAAGAGAGUGCUUGGCGACGAGCAUCCUCACACGCUGACCAGCAUUGCCAACCUAGCGUCGACGUACAGGAACCAAGGGCGAUGGGGCGAAGCCGAAAAGCUGGAGGUGGAAGUGAUGCAGACGAGGAAGAGAGUGCUUGGCGACGAGCAUCCUCACACGCUCCUCAGCAUUGCCAACCUGGCGUCCACGUACAGGAACCAAGGGCGAUGGGUCGAGGCCGAAAAGCUGAAUGUGGAAGUGAUGAAGACGAGCAAGAGAGUGCUUGGCGACGAGCAUCCUGACACGCUGACCAGCAUUGCUAACCUAGCGUCGACGUACUGGAGACAAGGGCGAUGGGACGAGGCCGAAAAGCUGAAUGUGGAAGUGAUGAAGACGAGCAAGAGGGUGCUUGGCGACGAGCAUCCUCACACGCUGACCAGCAUUGCUAACCUAGCGUCGACGUACUGGAGACAAGGGCGAUGGGACGAGGCCGAAAAGCUGAAUGUGGAAGUGAUGCAGACGAGGACGAGGGUGCUUGGCAACGAGCAUCCUUCUACGCUGACUAGCACUGCCAACCUGGCGUCGACGUACAGGAACCAAGGGCGAUGGGACGAGGCCGAAAAGCUGGAGGUGGAAGUGAUGCAGACGAGGAAGAGAGUGCUUGGCGACGAGCAUCCUUCUACGCUGACCAGCAUGCACAAUCUUGCCUAUACACUUUGGUCAAAGUCUCGUCAUAUUGAGGCUAUUGCCUUGAUUGAGAUUUGCUUCCAGUUGCGCCGGAAAGUCCUCGGUGAGCAGCAUCCUGAUGCACAAUUGUCGCUUAAGGCACUAAAUGGCUGGCGAGGUGACGCACGCGAAGAGCAAUAACGACGCUAAAUUGCCACAAGUUGUGUUGUCUAGUCAAGAGCAUGAUACCACUACUUAGUCCAGGUUCUGAAUGCAGUAGAUAAAGUUAGUAAAUACGAACGUGGUAUGGUUGUU